GCGCUCCAGACGGCCCAGCUGGGCCGGAUCUUCCGCCUCAGCGACCCCAAGAGGGAUAUCGUCUUCGUGGCACCGAAGUUCCUCCACGAGGACAUACUCCAGUACUACUCCAGCAUCAUGCAGUUCCGCGGCGUGAAGAACCCCCCCGGGCGGUUCCAGGUGGUGGUGCCCGAGAACACAGACUUGGCGCCGAACAUGUCGCUCUCCCAGGCGCUGCUGUGUUCGCCCAAGGCGCUCAGGCGCGUCCGCAAGCUGGUGGCAGGGCGUCAGGCCUGCGUCGUCCCCGACACCGUCACCGCGGCCGAGCUGCGGCUCUGCGGCCAGCUGGGCCUGCCCAUGUUGGGCCCAGCUUCGCGGAACACCGCCCUCCUCUCCUCGAAGUCCAACGGCAAGAAGCUGGCCCAGCUCGCG